GUUGGUUUAGCUUUUGUUGGUAGGACACGUGUAUUUAGUGUUUUAAUAUUUGCCUAGGGUCUAGUAGGGCUGCAGUACAGUGUUUGGUGUUAUGUUGGCCCAAGGCCUUCUUUGCCUAGCACUGCAGAAGGAUCAAAAACAUGACUGAGGAAUUAAAGAAAAUACUUUUGCAGCGUAUAUCCGAGGAUCGCUUGGCGUGCGACGUGAUUUGGAGUCUCUUUUCUGCAGCAUUGUUUAGCUAUCGCCAUGACACUGUGCUCAGGCCAUUUCCAUCUGAUUUCAUAGACACUGAUAGAGAAAAAGAUUUCACAAACCUAGAAGCAGUUGCUAAAGAAAUACCAAAUCUGAAAUUGGUAUUAGAUGCAAUAAAAUCAAAUCAAAUUGCUGAGCAGGCUUGGCAGCUGUUGACAUGGGUGAUAGACACAAAAACAUUUAGGCUCAAAACACAAGACCAAGAACAGUUCCAAAAUAUUUUAGAAUUAACUGGUGCAGCCAGCUAUGAGGUGAAACCUGAUCAUGUGUUUGAGGUGGAAUACUGCGCAGCCAAUGAGGACAAAUUCAAUAGGCUGCGGCAGUCCAGAGACCUACUGUAUGCCUACCACGGAAGUCGUCUUGAGAACUUCUACUCUAUUUUACACAAUGGUCUUCACUCGCAUAUGAAUAAGACCUCUUUAUUUGGAGAAGGGACUUACUUAUCAAGUGACUUAAGCAUAUCAUUGCCAUACAGUCCAACUUGUAAAGGAUGGCAGAGAAGUCUACUUGGAGAGAGCUUAAGCUGUGUAGCAGUCUGUGAGAUGAUUGACCAUCCAGAUGUCAAAUGUCAAACUAAAGACUCAAAAUCAGGGUCAAAGGGCAGAACAUAUGCAGCUAAUAGCAUAGGUGGUGAGGUUCCACAGAAAUACUACGUCGUACAGAAUAACGAAGUUAUACGAGUCAAGUAUCUACUUAUUUUUGGCGGCAAGAAAGAUGGUCUCAAAGUAAGAUCGGUGGACAGAAGACCAAGAUGGGCAAUGUGGAUACGAAAGAAUUCUUUCUUAUUAGCGAUAAUUUUUUAUACUCUGGUACUAUUAUUUAUAGGUUUGUACAACUCUAAGAAUGCUAGAAAGUUCUUAAGAAAGUAUUUAUUAUGAAUCUGAUAAAUUUUUAUUUUGAAAAAUAUGUCUUCCUUAUGCAUGGCCUACAUUAUUAGCUACUGUAUUGCUAUCCAUAGAUAUUGACUCACAAGCAGUUCACAAGAUUAAUUAGAGUGAGCCUUUUUCAUUCUGCUUCAUUUUAUAAAAAAAUAUAUAAACAUCCUCAGCUCUCCAUUAUCUUAUUGGCUGAUGUAAUCCACAAACUGUAUAUACAUCCUCACUAACCUUAUUAAAAUGUGAAGUUCAUAUCCCAAGCUAGCCAUUCAGUGAUUGGCUGAUGUUAUGCACAACCUGAUUUAUAUCUACUUGCCCUUGCUGAUAUUAAUAAAAUGCAUUGUAACAGGCAUUGUAAUCUUCCUCAGCAGCCAUUUUUCUGAUUGGCUGAUGCAGUACAAAUACUUGCUGACAUAUUGGAAUGUACUGUAUACAUCUACAGCUCAACAUUUUGCAAGUGGCUGUGGUAAGACAUGUUGUUAACUUACAAGUCACAGUUCCUAGCCGUACGUAGAGUAACUAAACAAUCAAAUGUACCGGUAGUGAAUAUAUAUACCAUAUUACUGCGAAUACACGCCCGGCUUUGAAUACGCACACCCCUCGAAUAUUGUCCCCUCUAGAGCCUCAUUUGGAUUAACCACCUCCCUUGAAUAAACACCCAGGGGCCAGAGUAUAUAUGUAUCUAUUUUACUGCCAAAAUUUGUAAUUAGUCAGGGCAGAACAUUAUAUACGAAGUUCAUUGUAGACAUGCUUUAAUAUUUUUUAACUGAUAAUGGAAACUUUAAAUUAAUGAAAAUGUCCAAUGUAUAAAGUUUCCGAUAAGUCAUAGAGAAUAGUUUAUUGCUAGGAAUUCCAUGGACAUUUAAAGAACAAAUAAUUGUACUGUAUAUACAGUAUGUGGUUACAUAUAUUAUAUUAUUAUAAUUCAGUCACUAAGUGUUUUUUUUCAUUGUUCUAAUCCAGAAGCGACUGAUUGCUUAUGGUGAUGUGAUGCUCACUUCCGCCCACCCAGUCAUCCCCUAUUAGAAUCCUUUGUUCCCCCCCCCCCCCCCUCAAUUUUAAUAUUCCUAGAUACGCCACUGAUUUACUUUAACUGCAUGUCACAGAUUGGCAAGGUGUGACCCACCGUGAACAUAAAUCACUUAAAGUUAAAAACAUGCCUACCAUCUUGUUACAGCCUGAUGCCAAUCAUCUUUUUCAAAAUUAAUAUUACAACAGAUUAUAAAGUGUUACAAAAGGGUUAAUGAAGUUUUUUACAAGCACUCUGCUCAGAUUUUUACCUUAAGAUGUUUGUGUUUGCAUGCAUUACUCAUAUCAGUAACAUGAAAAGUACACAUCGGCCCUCCAACCAAUUUUUAUGCCCACCCAGUGACGUAGCCAGAAUAUUUCUGUGGGGGGGGGGCAGUGUGGACCUGUGAUAUUAUGUGGGGGGUACAAGUAUUGUGAUUAGGGAAGAACCUUACGAUAUAAAUGGUUAUCUUACAGUAUGUGACCUCAGCCCGUUUGCUCUCAAAUAAUAAUGUAUAAAUCAAGUGAAAUUUCAAUAGUAAGUAAAUUCCAGUAAAUGGCUCAUCAUUUUAAAGCUUAAAAUGUGGAGAAUAAGAAUUUAUUAAACAGUCAAUUUUCAUUUGUUUGGCCACUGAUGCUGUUUUUGUUAUGGCUUUCACAAAUAAUUUUAAAUUUACAUCUGAUAAUUUAUUUACCUGAUGCCCUGUUGUUUUACUGAAAUUCAUGAAUGUGCCACUGAGCAGAAUAUUAUUCCGGAUAUCUGCUGCAAUAUAAAUAUUAGUGAUUGAACACUGAUAUAGAUAUCAUGUACAAACACUACUAUCACACACCACUAUUGUUCCAUAAAACAGGUUUGCUUGUUUAUGCGAU